ACUUGUGAAGGUGUCUAGUCAAAUCGGUGCGUACACAUUGAGCAACACGCGCAGAUACCAAAUUUCGUGCAUAAUUUUUUGUAAUGUAAUAAGUGGAUAAAUUGACAUUAUCAUCAUGAUGUGGAACGAUCUGUGCUUUAAACUUUACUUCUGGCCAUUUUUGAACUAUCUGGCGGGGCUCAAAGGAAUUUGCCCGUUUUAUAUAGGUUACUUACCUUUUAUCAUACAACCACCGGGUACUUUAAUGACCACGCCUUCCACAGCCUCCACAACAACCUCAACAACAACCACCACAACAACAACCACCACAACAACAACUACCACCACCGCAGCCCCUCCCACUGUGCCAACAUUUUCGCCUACCCCACCAACAUUUUCGCCUACAGCACCAACAGUCACAACGAUGCAGCCGUGCCCAGAUCAACCUUUGGCGUGCUUGAAUGGUAACGUGUCACCAAUACCCAACUGCCCAUGCAUUGAUCCAAGGCUGAGCGGAAUGGUGGGUAUGAUGGGGGCGCCAGGUAUGACAAUGACACCAUUGCUGGCUAGAUCAGGUCCCGCGUCAUCGGUAUUCCAAAAUGCUGGAGAAUUGUCAGACCGUCUGACAUUUAUGCCAAUAAAUACACAAGCAAAUGCUCCUCCAAAUUUACAACCGCAAGCAAGUGGUUAUUUUAACUUUGCCAAUAGAGCGCAGUCCGGCGCAACAACGAAUGCUCCAAAUUUGUACGGACCCGUGCCCAUGGGCUCUGAUAUGAUGGUUUUUAGCUCACUUAAUGGCCGUCGACGUAGGAAGCGGCGAAAGAAGGAGGAAGGUUGCAUUCACUGCCCCGGAAGUUUACCAAACAGUUUUUGCGCAAAAUCAACGCAUGUAUGUUGUGCCUCAUCCCGCAGUCUAGAACGGCCGGUAAAAUCUACUUAUAUGUUACAAAAUCCCGUUGCUACGCAGCAAAAAAGUCCAAAUGUUUUCACAUUUCAAUUUGCACCGCUGAAUUCAAAUCCAAGUAGACCAACUUCAUUAGGAGUUAACCCAACGGAGAGCUCACAAAUAGUUCCGGCGUUAAAGCCCACACCAGUGAAUAUACUUGUACCAGAAAGUUCCAAAGGAGCUGCCCCAUUGCCAACCAAUCCUACUUAUCCUAUCUAUUCGCCCAUUUUGUCAUCCUCCGAGCCAAAUAUUAAUGCUUCCAUGGUUGUUGCACUAACGCGGUACACAGCUACGAUGAGGAGAGGUGCCUGCGGUUUGAGUGCCGCCUAUACAAAUAAAGUUGUAGGUGGUAUGGAGGCAAGACGAGGCGCAUACCCAUGGAUGGUCGCUUUGGGCUAUCGCGAUGAAUACAACCCAGACGCUCUGAAGUUCCUCUGCGCCGGUAGUUUAAUAUCGAGCCGUUAUGUUCUAACCUCUGGACAUUGCAUUAGUGCUUUGCUUAUCACAGCACGUCUAGGUGCGCACGAUAUUAGUAACCUGAAUGAGGUGGGUGCCAUAAAUAUACCUAUUGAACGGAAAAUAGUUCAUGAGCAAUAUGAUUUGAGGCAUGUAGUUAAUGAUAUUGGAUUGGCACAACUGGCUGUACCGGCACCAGAAACAGCAUAUAUUGGCACAAUUUGUCUACCCGAAGGACCACGAUUCGCAGAGAAUUUCGCAGGCAUGAAUCCGUUCGUUGCUGGUUGGGGUGCAGUUAAGUUUCAGGGUCCCAGUUCAAACGUUUUGCGUGACGUGCAGGUACCGAUAGUGAGCCAGCAGACUUGCGAACAGUCUUAUAAAUCCAUAUUCCAACAUAUGGUUUUUGUUGAUAAGUUCAUUUGCGCCGGCAACUCAUACGUGGACGCUUGCCAGGGGGAUUCCGGUGGACCAUUAAUGAUGCCAAUGCUGGAAGAUGGCGUUUAUCGUUAUUACAUACUUGGUAUAGUGUCUUAUGGGUAUGAAUGUGCUCGAGUUGGAUUUCCUGGGGUUUACACACGCUUGGCUUCCUAUAUGCCGUGGAUUCUCAGCCAUAUGGUGUAAUGCUACACCAACCAACAAUUGCUGUACUAAUACGAAUACAUUAUGAGGGAUGCACAUGUAGUAUAA